AAGAUCAGGUUGAGUCGUGCCUUCGGUCUCCAGGGCUUAGUCCUAGCUCGCAAGAGCAGAUGAAAUCAAGGGAAGGAGAAAAACUAAAUUGGAAGCAGAUUUUAUGAAGGAGGGGCUUACAUUGUAGGACAUGGAAGAAGAGAGAAAGAGGGGAAAUUGAACAAAUCAGUGUUCGUCUCUCCCCCCCCCCUUUUUUUUUUCCUUCUUAUGUUGAUCCAAAUAUUUGUUUGUUCUAGGAAAAUGAAUCUCUUUCUCUGUUGCGGGUGGUUUUUCUAACCAACUGUUUAUACCCAAGUAAAAGGACUCGGGGUUCAGCUUGGGCUCUUGGCAUAGGGAGAAUGCCAUGAGCUGAAAUCUGGGGGAUUAAUCUCCGAACAAAGCAGCUCGACUUCCCAUCCUCCUGUUUGGACGCUUGGCUCUUGAAUCGAAUUGACGCCCGGAUUGCAUACUUGACAUUUCGUGUGGCUAGCCUGUGGGUUUCUUUAUUUACCAGUUAGAUUGGUAGCCCCUCCAGGACUGCUCUGUUCGUUUUUAUCCCCAUCACAACGACCCUGUGAGACCUGGAAGCCGACACUCUUCCUGGCUAUUGCUCGCUUACUCUUGGGGACCCCCCACCCUACGCCUCUCCUCUGGGCAUCCCAUGUCCUCUGCACCUUGGCGGGGGCCGUGCUGGCAUGCACUCUCCUCCGCCCCGCCCUGCCGACUUGGAUGGUGACACCUUUGAGAGCCAGCCAGCCCGGCGAGUACGACUGGGAGGGUCCCGGGUGCUCGAGUGCCCCAGCAUCCAGAUCACCACCAUUUCUCCGGGUCGGCGGACGGACGAUGAUGACUGGGAUUCUUCUCCUCGUGACUAUCUCUUGCUGGAGGCUUUUGGGGGUUACCGCGAAGCUGCCCCAUCUUCCGGAUUCUUCACCCCAAGUCCUGCUAGCAGUGGAAGUGUCUCCCCAUGGAGUUUUUUUUCAGACGAUGAGGCCCCUGCUGGGGAUGAUGUGGAACAUGAGUUAAAUGAGGCUGCAGCUCGCUUUGCCCUUAGCUCUCCCUUGGGCUCGCCCCGAGCAUCUCCCAAGCCGUGGUCAUCUGCUGAGGAAUCAUGGCCAUCUUACAGCACCAGCUACUCUCCAAGCCGGGGGACUGAGGACACGUGGAUGCUCCUUGGCCCUCGACCAGCUUCCCCCUGUGGCAAGAGGCGCUACUCCAGCUCUGAGACGCAUUCUUCCGUGUCUCCCUGCCUGUCCCGGAGGGGCAGCCUUGGUGAGGAGGCUCCUGGGGAGGCCUUGGAAUCGGGCAACGAUGUGGCCCCGUUUAACUGCCCCACCGCCCGGCUGGUGGAAAGCAUUCCUCAAAAAGCUCGCAAGACCUCAACUGAGCAGACCGUGGCAUUGACCCGGAAGGAGGAAGGGAGCUGCAAUGGAGAAGAUGUGGGUGGUGGCCCCAUGGGCAGCGGGGGACUUGGGAUGGCACGCAAAGAAGGGAUGGAUUAUCUGGCUGUGCCAUCCCCCUUGGCCUGGUCCAAGGCUCGUAUUGGAGGUCACAGUCCUCUCUUCAGAUCUUCUGCUCUUCCACCUCUGGACUGGCCUCUCCCCAGUCAGUAUGAGCAGUACGAACUGAAGAUUGAAGUGCAGCCUCGAACUCAUCACCGGGCCCACUAUGAGACGGAGGGCAGCAGGGGUGCUGUGAAAGCCACCCCAGGAGGACAUCCUGUGGUGAAGCUUUUAGGGUACGAUGAAAAACCCCUGACCUUACAAAUGUUCAUCGGCACAGCAGAUGAGCGAAACCUACGUCCGCAUGCUUUCUACCAGGUGCAUCGCAUCACUGGGAAAAUGGUGGCCACCACUAGUUACGAAUCUAUCAUUGGUGGAACCAAAGUUCUUGAGAUGUCCCUACUGCCUGAGAACAACAUGGCAGCCAACAUCGACUGUGCAGGGAUCCUAAAACUGCGUAAUUCAGACAUUGAGCUGCGCAAGGGUGAGACAGACAUCGGGCGCAAAAACACGCGGGUGCGGCUGGUUUUUCGGGUCCAUGUCCCACAAGGAAAUGGCAAAGUGGUCUCCAUCCAGACGGCUUCUGUGCCCAUUGAAUGUUCCCAGCGCUCAGCUCAAGAACUUCCGCAAGUGGAACAUUACAGUCUUAGCGCCUGCUCGGUGCAUGGGGGUGAGGAGAUGGUAAUCAGCGGAGCCAACUUUCUGCCCGAAUCAAAGGUUGUUUUCAUUGAACGAGGCCCUGAUGGAAAACUCCAGUGGGAAGAGGAGGCAAAUGUUAAUCGCCUGAAAAGCACAGAGGCUUUGCUGACCCUCACCGUUCCUGAAUACAGCAACAAGAGAGUUUCACGGCCCGUUCAGACGUACUUCUAUAUUUCCAAUGGGCGCCGGAAAAGGAGUCCAGCUCAAGGUUUCAAAUAUUUACCUGUGAUCUUCAAGGAAGAACCACUUCCAGAUUCCACACCCCAUACGUUCCCGCGCAUCGCUCCAAAUGCUCCUUUCCCACUACCGUCAGCCCAAGGGGCCAUGGAUUUCUCCCCUUCCAGACCACCCUUCCCUUACAGUCCUGAGCGCUCCCCACCUUGUUCCCCUUACGGUCCUGAUUGGAGCCCUUGCUCAUUCUCAACUCCGCCUCAUUACAGCCCAGCCUUCCGUUUCCCCCCCAGUGAGACCUAUGGGGGCGUUAACCUCUCUGUGCCCCGCCUCGCUCCUCCAAACCUGCCCCACCUUCACACUCUAGAUUGCCGCCCUCCACACUUCCAGCCCCCUAGUCCGCAACGCAGCCCUCACCCACCAGGACAGGGAGAAGCCCGCAGUGGGGAGAGGUCACCAGAAUGGACAGAUCCAGAACUUGGAUCCCAGGAGUUUAGCACCAAGGAACUGGAGAAAUCGGGGUUCAGCAGCAGCUUCCGGGAAACCUUGCCUAUCCAUGGGAUCACACUGGAAGAAGUUACCGAGAUCAUUGGCAGGGACUUAAAUGACUUUCCAGAGCCAUCCUGUGAAGGAGGACAGAGCUGAGAAGCUGCCAGAAUCCUCGGGUUCAUAAAGCUUCAAGAAGGCUGGAGGACAACCCAGAGGAAGUGAAGAUGGCCAAGAUCACGGGAGCAACAGCUGGGACAGCUUCUGAGGACUUUCAUAUUGAUGCAUUUGAAUCUGAGUUUCCUCCUCCUCCUUUCUUAUCUUCUGCCUGUGCUUUCUUUCAUUCUUCCAUUAAGGGCUUCAUACAACUCAAGGCAGAUUCCUCAUUAAAUCUUCUGCCCUCCUACUGUUUGCACUGAAGAGCUCACACCAUCGUUACUCCAAGAAUAGGGCACCUAUGGUCCUGCAGAAGUUGCUAAAUAGCAGUUCCCAGCAUCCAUAAUUUAUCGUGUUGGGAGAUUGGAUAUCAGUUGCUUCACCAUCUUCUACUCAGUGGCUGUCCUCUAUUGGUCCAUUCAUGUAUGUGAUACUCCAAGACAGAGUUUGGGCAAGGAGUGAGACUACCUAUUGAGUUAUCGUGGCCCCUGAAAGCCUUAGUCCUUUCUCUAUGUAUCUACUCAACAUUUACAUUUUGGGUAGCCCUAUGUCCUAUGAUAAUGGAUCCCAUGGACUAAUCUACUCAUAUGGCCAUCUAAGUAAGAAUCUCAAUUUCCCAUGGUAUUAUGUCUGUCUUAUGCAUCUGUUCAGACUUCUCUAUCGUGUUCAUCCUGUUUGUUUCCUCAAAACCAGCAAGAGGGUUGCCAUGCUAUCCACUUUGCCUUCUAUCUAAACUACCUCUCAUCCUUUCUGUAACAGAGAAGGCUUCAGACUUACAGUAUUCUCUGCCCCGCCCCACCCCAAUCUAGAUGGAUGAUGAUAUAGGAGAUCUCUCUCAAACCAUGGUGUUCAAACAGUGUUUGGUGAUCGUGAAACCCUCAUAGAUCUUGGUGCAUUCUCAUUGGAGGAUUCCACAAUGAAAUGAUCAGUAAAGAAGAUAAGUGUCCCUGAGCAUCCCAAAAGCCUAAAAUUCUUGAUCUUUGUAUAUGCUCUGGAAACCACAUUUGGUUGAUGCAGAGAAACAAAUCACAGUGGAUGGAUAAGUAUAGAUCUGUUUCAUUCCAUUUCUGCAUGUUCCCCAAGCUGUUCUGCUCCUAUGCAGAUUUUUAGGAAAUAGCCCAGGGAUUAAAUAAAUAAAAGUUUUAAAAAGUA